UAAGUAUACCUCACCAUCUCAACCUCUCCAAUAGGGCAAAUCUAAAUUAUGUAGCGGAUGGAUUUUUAGAAAUUCAAUAACUUUUGAGUAGAUAUUUUAUUUAUAUUUGAGAAAUUCAUCUAAUGUACCUUCUUUUACACAAUUCCAGUGCAUCAGUGCUUGUACAUGAUACAUCCAAUAUAAUAUUGCUAAGUUUUUCAAGAAAGUAAAUUUAGCAGUUGCUUGAAAAUUGACAUCCAAACCAAAUCCCCCCCUCCUUCUUCUCUGUUUCUUGAAGCAAAUUCUUACUAACCCCAUUUCCCUAUCAAUCUUUGUUCUUCUCACUCUAUACAAGAAUCACAAAGAUUUCAUUUUUUUUUUACUUCUCUCUUCUUAGCUGUCUUUGAAAGAGCCCCAGUAGCAAGAAAAUACUACUAACAACUACCCCAGCUAAUGACAUUCUAACUGUUGAUUCCUCCUACCCAUUAUAUUAAUAACAAAUUUCCAAACUUUCUUUGUUAUUGGGGCAUACCCAUUAAAUAUCUGGUCUUCUUUUGUUGUUUUGAGCCAUUUUAGAGUGUUAUUGUUUUCUGUACAGGGAGAUAACAGAAAAUGAAGAGUUGGACUUUGGGUAUUUUUGUUCUUCUUUAUCUGGCUUUGUUGUUGAAAAUUGAAGGCUUGAAAUUUCAUAGGUCUGAACAUACUGAGAGAAUAUCAGGAAGUGCGGGUGAUGUCUUGGAAGAUAAUCCAGUUGGGAGAUUAAAAGUUUUUGUCUAUGAGCUUCCUAGCAAAUAUAACAAGAAAAUUCUGCAGAAAGACCAGCGAUGCCUCAACCACAUGUUUGCUGCUGAAAUCUUUAUGCAUCGUUUCCUAUUAUCUAGCGCUGUUCGAACCUUUAAUCCCGAGGAAGCAGAUUGGUUCUACACCCCUGUUUACAGUACUUGUGACCUUACACCAAAUGGCCUUCCUUUACCCUUCAAGUCACCACGUAUGAUGAGGAGUGCAAUACAACUUAUUUCUUCUAACUGGCCUUACUGGAAUAGGACAGAGGGAGCUGAUCACUUCUUUAUUGUGCCACAUGAUUUUGGUGCUUGUUUUCACUAUCAAGAAGAAAAAGCUAUUGAGAGGGGAAUUCUUCCAUUGCUCCAACGUGCUACCUUGGUUCAAACUUUUGGACAAAGAAAUCAUGUUUGUUUGAAGGAUGGUUCAAUUACAAUUCCUCCAUAUGCUCCCCCACAGAAAAUGCAGUCCCACUUGAUCCCUCCAGAUACUCCCCGGUCUAUCUUUGUUUAUUUCCGAGGCUUGUUUUAUGAUGUUGGAAAUGAUCCAGAGGGUGGUUACUAUGCUAGAGGUGCCCGAGCAGCAGUGUGGGAGAACUUUAAAAACAAUCCUCUCUUUGAUAUUUCUACUGAGCAUCCAACUACUUACUAUGAAGACAUGCAGCGAGCCAUCUUUUGCUUGUGCCCUCUAGGAUGGGCACCAUGGAGUCCGAGAUUGGUUGAAGCAGUUAUAUUUGGAUGCAUCCCUGUUAUUAUAGCAGAUGACAUUGUCUUGCCAUUUGCUGACGCAAUCCCUUGGGAAGAUAUAGGCGUGUUUGUAGCAGAGAAAGAUGUUCCAAAUUUGGACACCAUUCUCACUUCUAUUCGACCAGAAGAAAUAUUAAGGAAGCAGAGACUGCUUGCCAAUCCUUCAAUGAAGCAGGCAAUGUUGUUUCCAACACCUGCUCAAUCAGGUGAUGCUUUUCAUCAGAUUUUGAAUGGACUUGCACGGAAACUGCCACAUGACAAGACCAAUUACUUGAAGCCGGGGGAGAAGUCCUUAAACUGGACUGCUGGUCCAGUUGGUGACCUCAAACCUUGGUAGAGGCUGGCUCUUGGUGAUGAUUCCACUCUUCUGUUUGGCACCAAAACCUUCUUCUGUGCCAAACUUGCUUAAUUCAUCUGAGUUGUAAAUUUUAACCAUGUAGUCCAUGUUCAUAUUUGGAUCAGUAGGGCUCUGCAUUAGAGAUAUGGGUAUGUUCACUUGCCUAUUCGUGUCCUUGUGAUAUUAGGACAUUGUCAAAAUUUUAUUCAGUUUUUGUGUUGCUUCAACAUGCAAGGUUAUUUCAGCAUCUAAGCAUUCUUAGUUACAAGCUUAUGUC